AUGGCCCACAAAGAACUCCUUACCCCAACCUCACACGACGAUCGAUCAACCAAGGUGGACGCGGAGCUCCUUGCGUUAGAGGGUGCUCCCAGCGUGUCCGCAGCGCUCCGAGCCUUGCGCGAGUCCCCCUCGUCAUCUCCGGACACCCCACCCCCCCCGGCCGCCGUCCGUGCCGCGGCCGAGCUCCUGCUAGCCUACGUCACCAACGCCCUCCAGGACCCGCGAAACCCUCGGGUGCACCGGGUGCGCUCCGGAAAUCCCGCGUUCCAGCGGGCGUUGGGGCGUCUCGGGGGCUGCGAGGGGGCAAUGACGGCAAUAGGCUUCGAGCCUCGAGGCAGGGGGACAGUAUUCGUUCUUCGGGAAGUGGGGGGAGGUGCUGAAAAGGAGCGAGAAGAAGUCGGAACAGCAAACUUCCGAUUUCCGGCCCUAGACCCGGCCACGGAGGCGUUCUUGUGGCGGAGGAAGGCGGACCUAGAGGCCGCCAUCGAGGCCAUGCCCGCCACCGCAGCCACCACCGCCGCGCUGCAGAGCGCACCGGGGCGAGCUGCCGCGGAUCUCCAAGACUCUAGGGACUUAGCACCAGCAGGGGGAGAAGAGGGCAUCGCCGCUGGUACUGGUGAUACUGCGAGAAAUGGUCUGAUACAGAAGCGCCGCAGCUCGACGGCCGAGCCGCCGCCGGGGAGCGGUUCUUCGCUCUCUCGACAGCAGAAGCAGCCCCCCGGCAGACGAGCAAAGAGCGAAGGUCCUAGCACCGUCCGGGGCAGAGACUCGCGGUCAAGGCGUCCGCGUGGGGCGUCCGGGGUUGGUGAGAUGGGGAGCGUCGGUGCGGCGGCGGCGACGGCGCUGUUGGCGGCCGCCGAUCGCGGGGGGUCAGCGGCAGCAAGCGGGGCUCGGGGCCUACAGCUAGCCAUGAUCAAGGAGGCGUUUUCGCGAUUGGACAUGGACGGGGAUGGCUACAUCACACCGGCGGAUCUGGGGCUGGCGUUUCGGAACAUGGGUCGGGACGCAAGCGAUCGCACUGUUUUGGCGUGGAUCCGUCGACGAGACAUCUGCCAGGACGGGCGAGUGUCUCUCGACGAGUUCGUCGCGUCCUUCCAAGCCCUGAUUCCGCCGGACACGCCCGGAUGGGCCGCCGCCUCAUCAUCCGUUGCCACCGCGUCCGCCACCGGGGGAACCGGCAGCAUGACCGCGGGAGCGAUUUCCAUCGCCGCGGCUGCCACGGGGGAAAAAAACGUCGCUAUGGACGAUGGCGCGAGCAAGGUGGCCGCGGCGUUCGGGCGGAUCCGUUUAUCCGGGUCUCCCGCCGAGUGCCGCGCGGCGGCCGAGUUUGCUCUGGACUACUGCCGCCGGGUGAAGGACUCGCCGACGGCCCCGCUGCACUGGCGGAUCCCGCUCAACUCCAAAAGGUUCUCGUCGACGGUCGGGAGGUAG